GGUAUCAGUAUCUUUCUCUUAUCCAUAAUGGCUGUUACAGCCAAUGUAUGCCAGAACGACGCCCAGACAGCUGGAUCUCCACUCUCUGGGAGUUUCGGAAUGGUCGGAAUGGUCGGAAUUACCAACCUCUAUCUCUACGAUAUUUUGGAAGACCAGGGCAAUGAAUUACUCUACUUUAUCGGGUAUUUUAGCCAAACUGUUCCAUACGACACAAUAAUCUACAAGUCAGACCCUGACCUGGCGAAAGUGCAAGUUAUGACUUAUGCUAUUUUCUGCAACUACCUUUCCUACACCAUGUCUCCGAGCAAAGACUUCAUCUACAUUCCAGACUUGACAACAGGGAAGAUAUAUGAAAUCAGGACUUCAGACCUGGUUAUCUCCAGAGAGUUAGCAGUUAGCCCUGACUCAAUUACUUCUGAUUCAAACAUAGAAAUGAACAAUGCCUUUUAUUUAAGCUUCAUUUCUAGCUUAAUCAUGCACACUUGAAGAUGGGACAUGUCAAGCCCCAAUCUUGACUGAUUCACUUUUGGAGUUAACAAGCAUACCAACUUUGCUCCGGUCAGUGAAGAACUGUUAUUCUUUGGAUCAACUGACACAGUAGCUGACCAAUACUACCUGAUGAGCUACAACUUCUCCUCAUCCAUCCCUGUCUGGAAGAAGAGCAUUGCCUGUCCCACUUCGGGUUGAGGGAGUAAAUUCAGCACCUCCAUUCUGAGCAGAGAUGAAGAGUGGAUUUACACAAUGGUAUUGUACGAUGACAACUUUAUUUUCCACAAACUCAACAUCUCUUAUGGGAGUCCCCAAAGUUCCGGACUGAUUUGGAACGACAGUGGGUAUAUUCAUUGUUACUGAAUGAAAGAGUUCAGUGAGUUCGUUGCCAUCCAGAUUACCAGUUCCUCAUUGGCAAACAUCAAAAGGUUAAUUCUAGUGAACUCCUCGAUCUCAAAAGUUGUGAAGGAAUUCAAAUCGGUAGACUCAGUGGCUUAUGGAUUUGGAAGGUUAUUAUAUAAAGGUGAAGAGUUAAUGUAUCAUUCUGGAAGAAUAAAUACCAAUUACACAUUCUUCUUUGCAAGAUCACCCACAAAUAACAUCGAACAGCUUUCUGAAUUUGAAGAAGACACUCCUCUGUUCAGCCCAAUUACCACUAAUUAUCAGGUUUCGUCAACAACAUCAAACCCAAGUCUCACAACAAGCACGAAGACUAUUACUGUCUCAAUCUCACCCUCCAUCACGACCACUGAUAUCACACCAUCAAUUAAUCCUCCUUUCACCAGGUACGUGGCCUUGUGGAAUCAAGAUCACAUCCAGACUGUUCAGAGUAACUCAUCGGUGAAAUUGGAAUUCACCUGGGCCUGAGCUCAAUCAAUGAAUUUCACUGAUAUCAGCUUCAGUCUGGUCCAGACUGGCUCCAAUGCUAUACCUGAGUGGAUAAAGUUGGAUGCAAACAAUCUAGAACUGCACCUCAAUUCCACUCCCAAACUGACAAAUGAGAAGACUUUUUAUUUUUCGCUACAAAUCUCCUUCGACAGUGAAGUUCAUUACAAGAAGUUUGAGAUCACUGUAGAAGAAUGAUCCAUUAAGAAUUGAGAGCUAUGAGCACUAGGGCACCCUAAUAUUUGAGAGGCCUGAUCAGAUGGCUAUCAAAGCUCUGGUGAUCAGGCAUCUUGUAAUAAAGUCACUGCUAUAGCUAGAACCACUGAAGUUGCAACUGCUUUUGUUAUGUUAGGAAUUGCUCUUUCUAGUGCUUCAUCUAUCCUAUCAUUAUCAUCUAUUAACUCAAUGUUUAGCAUCAUGAACAGCCUACAACUGGCAAUAUUGCUACCUCUAGUUCCUGACUACUUCUCACCCAAAGUUUUAGCAUUUUUGAGCGAGAUGGGCUUCACAAUGCUCUCAUUCGAUUUCAUAAAGUUCAAGGAUAUUCCUUUUGUUGAAGAACUUACUGACUGGGUAUCAUAUCCUCAAUCUGAUGGGUAUUUGAACAGCCUUGGCAUGAGGUCUGGCAGUUCAGUUGUUAACUAUUUAUCCCUCAUGGUUAUUAUUAUGCUAAUCGGGGCCACUAACAUUGGUGUAUUUUUAUGAUAUAGGUCAACAGAAAACUCAAAUAAUAGAAAAUGAAAGAAAUUUACCAAGAAGCUGUUCAAGUUCUUCACAUUUAAUAUCUACAUAAGGAUAUUCAUACAAGCAUUUGUAUUUACAACUCUAUCAAUAUUUUCAGAGCUAUACAACCUCAAUCUUGAUACAAUAAUCACAAUAGUAUCGUUUGGGUUCUGUGUCAUGUUCUGACUGUGCACAAGCGUGUUGUUUAUUCUGUCAUUCAUCAUGUAUUACUUAUCAUUUCCUCAGUUAGACAAAGAAAAGUAUUGGCUAUGAAUUGAGUAUUUUAACGGGGUCAAGCCAACAAAAUAUUCGAAGCUCUAUUCUAGCAUGUUUAUGCUGAUGAGAGUAUUACUUACUUCAUUGCUCAUAUUUGGGCAAUCUGCUCGUUCGUAUGACAGAGCAACUUGCUUCUAUUUAGUCAACAUUGCUUACUGUCUUUAUUUAAUUAUUGUAAGACCAUUGGAGAAUCCUCAAGACAAUAUCAUAGAAAUCAUAAACCAAACUCUGUUCUGUAGUAUGGCAGUCCUGUUAUUAUGGCUAAACACAAAGGAAGCCUGGACUCCAUUCUAUGAGGGACUUUAUACAACUAUAUUCAUGGGUUCUCCAACUAUUGGAAGCUUUAUAUGAUUAUCAUUCUUAAUAAAGUCAAUAGUAAUUCGCAUAAAAAAAUGGAAAGCUAAGAAUAAGCAGCAAAUUAUUGCUCCCAAAGAGCCCUCUUGUCGUAAUAGAGAACCUCAGCGCCUUAAUCACCAUAACCCGAGUCCCUCUCCAAGUAUCAACAACCAGUCCUCAAGCAUGAGCAGAAGCAACGUUCCCAUUGCAUCUCAUCAAGCCUCUAAGAAUCAACCUCCCAAACCAUCUUACUCCAGAAGGAUUACUUUGUCUAGCAAACUGAAUAACUUAAGAUAAUUGAAUUAAUGAUAUCU